CGGAGAGAGAGAGAGGGAAAGACUUGACGUCUGACUUUCCCUUUCUUCCCUCCCGUUUCCUCCCAGGAAACCAAGAGAGCAAGGCUUUGUUUUCCCAUCAGUGAAGGAUCAUUCCUGUGGGAACGCCUCAACGCCAUACGCCCUCUCACUGCGAGGAUUGUGCUUUUUAUUUUUUUUGCUGCAAACCUGCCAUUUUGGAAACUGUUUUGGAAGAGCUUGUUAAAAAAGCUGCAGUAGUUUUGUGCCAAGUAGUUCCUGAAGAUUUGGCAAGGAGAGAAGUGGAGGUGGAAAUGGCAAAAGGAUAAUAAUCUGGUGCUGGAGAAAGUGAAAUGACUUGGCUAAACGGUCUGGCAUAAGGGCGGCAGGUUGACCUCGCACACGACAGACGGCUGUUGCAGGAAGAAAAGUUUUUAUUCUGAAGGACUUGGGAAAUUUAGUCGUCAUAUGGAUUCCAGUCACACAUCGUACUCCUAUUGUCCCGUCCUCUCAUGCGUUGCUAUUUUUUCCUGCUGCUAAGGUUCUGUUUGCCUGUUCGUGGACACAGCCCUCAUUCUUUCACCACAACUUACCCCGGACCCUCAUGAGCUUAUGCUUCCUAAAUGGGGGGAGCAGGAGGACGAAAUAUGAUCCUGUGUUUUGUGGUGUGUUGAGAGGAGCAGCAGUUUGGUUUCUAUGGAAAAGGCCAGAGAAAUGUGGCACAGAGGGGCUGCAUAAAUGCUUUACGUCUAUGUCUGUGGUCCAAGUGAAAUCGAAGCCAGCUAGCGUAGCACUACAAGCUCCACCCUGGAACUCCUUGUUCAGACUCUUCUCAUGUGUAGCCACAAGGAAUGACCACACAAAUAAAGAGGUCCACACAUUUCAAGAGCAGUCGAAAGCCUUAUUUGGAAAUCUUAUGGACGAAGAAAUGAGUCGCCAGACCGCCACCGCGCUGCCCACAGGAACUUCCAAGUGCCCCCCCUCUCAGCGCGUGCCCACCCUGUCUGGCACCACAGCCUCCAACAGUGACCUGGCCAGCCUGUUCGAGUGUCCUGUCUGCUUCGACUAUGUCCUCCCCCCGAUCCUGCAGUGUCAGUCUGGACACCUGGUAUGCUCCAACUGUCGGCCGAAACUCACCUGCUGCCCCACCUGCAGAGGACCCCUGGGCUCAAUCAGGAACCUGGCCAUGGAGAAGGUGGCCAACUCUGUCCUCUUUCCCUGCAAGUACGCCUCGUCGGGCUGCGAAGUCACGCUGCCUCACACCGACAAGACGGAGCAUGAGGAGCUGUGCGAGUUUCGGCCGUACUCCUGCCCCUGCCCCGGGGCCUCCUGCAAGUGGCAAGGGUCCCUGGACGCGGUCAUGCCUCACCUGAUGCACCAGCACAAGUCCAUCACCACACUGCAGGGUGAGGACAUCGUUUUCCUGGCGACGGAUAUCAACCUGCCUGGCGCCGUGGACUGGGUAAUGAUGCAGUCCUGCUUCGGGUUCCACUUCAUGCUGGUCCUGGAGAAACAGGAGAAAUACGACGGCCACCAGCAGUUCUUCGCCAUCGUGCAGCUGAUCGGAACUCGCAAGCAGGCCGAGAACUUCGCCUACCGGCUGGAGCUCAACGGACACCGGCGCCGCCUGACCUGGGAGGCCACGCCCCGCUCCAUCCACGAGGGCAUCGCCACGGCCAUCAUGAACAGCGACUGCCUGGUGUUCGACACAUCGAUUGCACAGCUGUUCGCCGAGAACGGCAACCUGGGCAUCAACGUCACCAUCUCCAUGUGCUAAGAACUUUCUAGAGAAGAGCGUUGAAGUUAGAGAUCGUUAGGGGCAUUCUUUUUUUAACGGGUCAGAUCGGUUGUGACCUCAUGGUGCCCCUCCCCCUCUGCCUCACCCCCUGAGGCGUGGAACUGGACUGCCUGACGGGGGCAGCUGUGGAGGCCCAGGGGGUGAGACGAAUGAAUGGAUGAAUGACUGGAGGAGCACGUUUAAAGACAUAAGUGUGUAGUGAUGGCGCCAGAUUUCCUCAUACACGCAGUCACAAACACGAACUCAGGAGCUGUUCAGGCUCGCUCGUUAAACUCGGUUCCCGGUUUUAGUUCAGCCUUCCUCCCAGCGGCACCCGUCCUCUUCUCACAUUUCAGACACUACAGAGCGACUCUGCGCCCCGGCGGCCACGCUGAGGACGACUCCAGCCGCAUCAACGCCUACAUCAGUGCUAAGAAGCUAGCCUGCUACCUAGCUUUGUUUUUUCUUUUGAAGUGCAACACCAAGACGUGCAGGGCUCCGACUGCAGCUGCUAUUCUCUGGAAUCCAGAAUCUGUAGAAAAACCUCCCGAAACGUUUCAUCUUCGCCUGCGACUGGCGUGUCCAGGACUGGAAUCGUCAUCCAUGGACACGGACGGCCGUAGCAACCCACCACCACGCGGAUGGAAAUGACCCCGCCACCGCUGAAGACGCCGACUCGUUGACGGUUGUUGGACUCGGAUGUCACACUGAUGCUUUGAUGGAUUUAAGGCCCUCAGCUACAUCAGCCCUGGAUUAUAUUUGUUUUUGUUUUUUUUUGGAGUGGACACAAAACUGUUCUGUCAUUUUAACCAUGU